AAUCGUGAAAUGGCUCGUACCAAGCAAACCGCUCGUAAAUCAACUGGUGGAAAAGCACCAAGAAAGACCCUGGCAACGAAAGCUGCUCGUAAGAGUGCCCCAGCUACAGGUGGUGUGAAGAAACCUCACAGAUACAGGCCAGGAACUGUCGCCCUUCGAGAAAUCCGUCGUUAUCAGAAAUCCACCGAGCUUCUGAUCCGCAAACUGCCUUUCCAACGGUUGGUUCGUGAGAUUGCUCAAGAUUUCAAGACCGACCUUCGUUUCCAAAGCUCGGCCGUCAUGGCUUUACAAGAAGCAAGCGAAGCUUACCUUGUUGGUCUGUUUGAAGACACGAACUUGUGCGCUAUCCACGCCAAACGAGUCACCAUCAUGCCUAAAGACAUCCAGCUCGCUCGACGAAUCCGUGGCGAACGUGCCUAAAUCAAGUCCUAAAGACAACAAAAA